AAGCAAAAAAUUUAAAAAAAAUGGUAUAAAAAGAUCUGUGAAGGUAGCGGACGCUUAAGAAAACAAAAGAGAAAGAGAGAGAGAGUUCAUUUUCUCCGACCCACAGCAUCGUCUUUCGCCGAACUGCUUCAUCUCUAUAAAGAAAGAGAUUUUUUUUAGGUUUGGUGGUCGAAUUUCGAAGGAGAUACUCGGUAGCUGCGUUAUUACGCGUUUUACUUUUCGAGUUUGCUUGAGUGUUUACAAUUCAGUUUUCUUUUCGUUAGUUCAAUCAUUCCUUCGCUGAAAUUCCACGUUAAAAUCGUAUCAGUUCAGAUCAAAGAAGGUCAUUUAGCUUUGAAGGUGUCGAGUUUCUGUAUAAGUUAGAUAUUUUCUGUUGGCAGAAUCUGUGACAAGAAAUACAAUUCCGGUUUGGUCAGUAAAACUUGUUAAGAAGAUCUUUCGGAGCUGAAGCGUCCAAGUUAAUUACGGUUGAGAAUUUUGGAAUCUGAAGUCGAUUGCUUGAAAAGCCUUUUUAUUUUUAAAGCUUCAGUAAAUGCGCCUCCAGUCUGAGGUGGAGGCGUAAGUUUUUCUGGACGAAAUCCGUAGAGCUUUGAACUUUGCUCGUCAAAAAUUACAUAACGUAAUUAUAUUUUCUGAUCCAAAGUUUCGCUGCAAAAGAAAAAAAAAAAAGAUCUGAAGCCAUAGAUGGAGCUCCCUCAACCCCGGCCAUUCGGAGCCGAAGAAAGGAAACCAACGCAUGACUUUCUGUCACUGUACAGUCAUCCAAGCGUCCAACAAGAUCCAAGCCCACCUUCUCAAGGCGGGUAUCUUAAAACUCAUGAUUUCUUACAACUGGAACGACUGGGGAAGGCAAGUGCCAAGGAGGAAACACCAGUCAAGGUAGCAACUUCUGAAAAGCCACCAACGCCAUCACCACCUCCUUCUGUGGAACAAAUUCUCCCUGGUGGAAUUGGAACUUACAGUAUAAGCCACAUUUCCUAUUUUAAUCCUAGGGUUCCAAAGACUGAGGGGGCUGUAUUCACUGCAGCUGAAGGAAGUAGUACAGAGAGAAAUGACGAAAACUCCAACUGCAGCUCUUACAAUGGAAGUGGUUUCACUUUGUGGGAAGAAUCUGCAGGAAAGAAGGGAAAUACAGGGAAGCAGAAUGCCGGGGCAACACCCGUUGUUAAAGAAGCGGCGGGGCAAUGGGCUACGUCGUCGUUGGAGAGGGCGUCACAGUCGUCAACUAACAACCAUCGCAACAGCUUCAGCUCCCUCUCUUCUUCUCAGCCAUCAUCAAAGCAGAAAAGCCAAAGCUUCAUGGAAAUGAUAAAAUCAGCAAAAGAUAGUUCACAUGAUGAUGAUUUUGAAGAAGCUGAAAAUUUUGUUCUCAAGAAAGAGAGUUCCGCUACUACGUAUAGUAAAGGAGAAUUGGGAGUAAAAGUGGAUGGAAAGAGUACACCUGAUCAGAAGGCCAACACCCCAAGGUCGAAACAUUCUGCUACUGAGCAGCGGAGAAGAAGCAAAAUUAAUGACAGAUUUCAGAUGUUGAGAGAUGUCAUUCCUCAUAGUGACCAAAAGAGAGAUAAAGCCUCAUUCUUAUUAGAGGUUGUCGAGUACAUUCAGUUUUUACAGGAAAAAGUACACAAGUAUGAGGGAACAUAUCAAGGAUGGAGCCAUAAACCAUCGAAAUUGAUGCCAUGGAGAAACAAUAACAUGCCCACAGAAAAUUAUGCUGAUCAAUCUCGAGCUAAAAAUGGUUUGUCUGCUCCUGCCGUAGUUUUUUCUGCAAAGUUGGAAGAUAAAAACAUCACCGUCACCCCAACCAUUCCUGGAAUAAGUGCAAAAAACCCUAUAGAAUCUGAUAUGAGCACAGCUACUACCUUCAGAGCGAUUGACCUUUAUCCUGGAAUGAUGAAUAAGACUACGCCCUUUCCUGUGUCACUACAGCCAAACUUCUUCACUUCUGCCCAGAGCACUGGUCUGGCAACUCAACUUCAACCUAGAUUGCCCUCUGAUGCCGAAAACAGUUCAUCUCAGCCUCAAUCUGUACUAUGUCAUGCUGGAUCCUGUACUACUAAUGGUGCUGUUCCUAGCGAGAAGCCGAAAGAACAAGAAUUGACAGUUGAAGGUGGAAAUUUUAGCAUCUCAAGCAUAUAUUCACGAGGGUUGUUGAAUACUCUAACACAAGCGCUGCAGACUUCUGGAGUGGAUUUGUCACGUGCCACCAUCUCAGUGCAAAUCGAGCUCGGGAAGCAAUCUAGUAACAGUCCUACUGCUUCAACAUCCACACUUAAGGAUAGAGAAGCUCCAUCUACAAAUCAACGGACGACGCGUCGUAGAGUCGGACGUGGUGAGGAUUCCGAUCAUCCCCUAAAGAAACUCAAGACAUGAAAAAGGUAGCUUGACAAUUUCACAAUAUUCUUUUUUUUUUUUUUUAAAUUAAAAAUUAAUUCAUUUUUUUGAAGCACCCUGCCCUAGACAAGGAUCCAUAUAUAUAAAUAUACAACUAGUUGGCAAAGCUUUCAGUUUUGUUGGGAUAUAUGCAUAGAAUUCCCAGCAAACAAAUAUGCGUUAUUUAUCUUAUAUUUUGUGUGAUUCUUCACCAUAUCGAUGUUGAGAAGCUGCUUUUCAUUUAAAGCUUCCAUCAUCUGAAGCUUCGUUCCUUGAUUGUCACUAUUUGUCAAUAUGUUGUUUUUGGUGAGAUUCAACUCUCUUACUGGAACAAAAGAAAUUGUCUCCUUAAUAUAAUUCCCUACCUGCAAAAUUUUCAAUAUUUGUCACCGCAUUGUUUUUCAUUAUUUAUUUAUUUGGAGAAAAUAUUUAAGCUUUAGUGUAAUUUAUAUCUCCGUUUUCAUUACAUUUUAAUUCAUAAGAAAUUACCCUAUUUUCUCGUCACUGAAAUUUUUAGAUUCUACAAAUGAAUUAGUAACAUGACACACACUUUUUAAUGGUAUAUUAAAAAAAAUAAAAAAAUUAAUUAAAAAAAGUUAAAUAUAUAUCAAUUUUUAACUUCAUUUGUUGAGUUAAAAAUAUCAGUAUUACUGUUUCAAAAAAAAAAACUUCUUUUAAAAAAAUCAUAUACAAUUAUUUUACUUCAAUU